AUGAAUUUUGUGAGCCCGAACCUGAUAAACUUUCCCUGGGCUCUGGGCAAACUGAGAGUGCCGAUGCCAGUGAUACAGAAGAGCCCACAUCCACCGGAUUGCAGUCGCUUCGAUUCAUCGGGCAACCUCAGCCCGGCCAGCUCCCAGCUCAGCUCUGAGCCGGAGGAGCGGCGAGAUCCGGAGGCCCGCCCCCCCCCCGCCGCCCGCCGCCCCGCCCUCGGUAGCCAGAAGUCGACCUGGGAGGACGCCGGAGAGGAGGGUGGGGAGCAGCAGGGGGAGAAAGAGCGGAACGCGCCCCCGGAGCCCGGUUCAAACAAAGACGACGACUCGCCGGUCACCUCACCCAAGCCGACUCAGACCAAAGUCUGUUUCUUCGAGGACGGCCCACCCCCUUGCUCCCCGUCCAAAGUGCGCUGGUUGAAAGCCUACAACAAAGUGAGAGUGCAGCUCCUUGAGAGCCGAGAUCAGGAUGGUGACCCCAGCAGGCACCCGUGGGCCAAGCCGGGGGGAAACACGCCGUUUGGCAUCGACAGCAUGCCAGACCUCCGCAAGAGGAGACCCAUUCCUCUCGUUAGUCAAUUGGUGAGUCCACGUCACUCCGUACCUUCCUCCUGACGCAAUGAACCAGACAUCACCUUAUUUAAGAAGAAAUAACAGUUAAUAAGGAUGGAAGUAUGUCAUGAAUAAACCCCAAUUAAUAAAGGCAUAUAUCAAAUAUUAUAUCAUAUGAACUAGUGUUUAAAAAUUGUUUCUGAUUUUAUUCUGGGGUUUUACAUUCUAUGGUAUUAUCGGGGCAUUGAUUAUGCAUUGAUUAUUACAUUUACAUAUUACAUUAAGAAUUUUCCAUGAAUGCCUUACAUUUACACGCAGGUGGCUUUCAGCAGAAUCUCUUGUUGUUUUUAAGUAGAACUUGUGAAAUCUGACUUGCCAGAUUCAGCAAGCGGAAGAAAAUCAGAGAGUUGCAAUAACAUGGAGCUGUUUUUGCAUUGUUUGUGAUAAUUACCCCCGGGUUAUUUUCUCUUUGCAUAUCGUAGCGUUAAAAUGCGUAUCAUAAAAAAAGAUCUUGUUGUUUUUCAGCAACAACACAAAAUGGAAAAUGUCAACAGACAUCAUCAAACCGAUCACGGCAUUCAUAAUGCGUGACUUUAUCUUUAAUGCAUUCAUUCACUAGGGAAAAAAUGCACAUUGCUAAUCCUUGUUUGGACGUCAUGAGCCUCAGACGCUCCCUCACCUCACCGACCCCCCCCCCCCUGUGACGGGUCUCGCUAACCAGCUGACAGUUUGUCACCAGCUCAUUUGACCCUACGCGAAUGGUUACUCGCAGGCCACUUAAAUGUACCAUGGUGCACAAUAACAUGUUUGUCUCUAACC